AUGCCUGCAGGAGUAUCUUGGCCUCAAUACUUGAAGAUACUCAGUGCCAGCCUUCUUUCCAUGUUUGCAGGUUCAGAACUUGUACACAGAUACUACAAACCUGAUCUUGUAUGUAUGUCUAAAGCCUUUUAA